CCUUUGGAUUAUGUUGUGGUUCACCAUGCUGAUACAGUGGAUUAUCAGCGGGAGUGAGUAGACUAGGAUAACAGUGCAGAAAAUGCGCUGGAUUCUGUUUGUCUUUAUCACAUAUCAUCUUGCUUCUGUGGCUGUAUUGCCUUUCAGUGGCUUUGGUGCACCCAGUUCUGCAAACCGAAGAGAGGGCCUGACUAACGAGCCCAUCAUUGAAGCCCCUAAGAAUCAAACUGUGGCCGUCGGUGACACGGCAGUUUUCACAUGCAAGAAAAACCUCAGUGACUCUCAUCCUAAAGUGCUAUAUGGGUCAAGCACUACCAGGUCAAUGGUUCCUACAAGUCGCCCACUGGCGUUCUCUACCUCAGAAAAAUACAGAGUGCAGGAGUCGACCCAGAGGAGUUGAUGAUAAGAAAUGUGACUAUGGAGGACGCUGGCCUCUACACCUGUUUAGAGUUUUCAGGUCCUGGCACCCUGAAGGCCAGCGCGUGGCUGACCG